UGAUGAAUUGUCACACAUACCCCACACACAUAGGCACAAUCACAUUACUUGAUUGCUCCAUCUCUCUCAAUUCCCCCAAUAAGCCAUAACCAAUGGGCACCCUAUCUCCCAAACUAGCCACCGGCAUUCUCCAUUUCCCGUCUCACCGCCACCAUCGUAAACUGCCUUCACUCCUCCCUGUCAACUUCAAUUCGUCAACAGGAAACAAUUUUGGUUGUAUUAGAUGUAGCAAUGUUAAGGUGAAGACAGUAAAAUGCAAGGCUACUGACGUUUCAGUUGCGGAAGGCUCAUCGGCGGCCAAUUGGGUACCUGUGGUUCCGUUGUCAGCACUGCCAAAAGGAGAGAGACGUGUUAUUAUACAAGAUGGGGAAACUAUACUCUUGCUUUGGUAUAAAGAUGAUGUUUUUGCUAUUGAAAAUCGUUCCCCUGCUGAAGGUGCUUAUAGUGAAGGACUUCUUAAUGCUAAGCUCACUCAGGAUGGAUGUAUCGUGUGUCCUACAACAGAUAGCACAUUUUAUCUGCAAAAUGGAGCCAUCAAAGAAUGGUAUCCGAAUAAUCCUGUGCUGAGAGUCCUUACUCCCGCCUUGAGAAAUUUGUUUGUUUAUCCUGUUAAAACCGAUGAUGAGAAUAUCUACAUCAGCACGAGAGGUGGAAAAGUUGAUGCUUCUGCAGAGAUUGUUUUCAGUGGAAAGGCUCAACCUGGUGUAACAGCAACUGACGUGAAUGUAGACGAGGUAAGAAUGGUUAUCGACGAGGGUCAAGAGGCCUUUGGGUUCACCAGAAGGAAUGAACUGAUAAAUGGAAAAGCAGCAGUAAUUGGUUUCCUAUUACUGUUGGAUUUUGAACUCUUGACCGGCAAAGGUCUUCUCAAAGGAACAGGGUUCUUGGACUUCAUUUACUCAGUUUCAGAUGCUUUCAACUGAAACUGUUUCGCUUAAGGAAAUUCUUAUUCCCCGUCCCUCUUUUCCCCCCCUUUUACUAUUUCUCUGAAAAUGCUUAAACCAAAUCAAAGAACUGUUGAUCUUUGUAUAUGUUGUCCAACUUUAUAGAUUAGUGAAUUAUAUAGACCUUUGAACAAGAUACUCGUUGUUCCAGUGCAGAAA